AUGCGGCAACAGGGGGGACCACACACGCUUACACUUGGCAUGCCAACUGGCAGUCACACGGUGGUAUGCAGCACCGGGGUGACAUCAUUGCCAGUUGAAAAGUAUCUGCCGAUUGAGCAUGCUUGCUGGACAGCAGGACAGCCUGCGCCAUACUUGCAUUUGGCUCGCACUUUUGAUCUUGUAGAAAGAGAAAAAGGGAAGAUCAAAACUACUGCCAUGCUUUGCAACAUGUUCAGGAGUUUGCUUGCCUUAUCACCUAAUGAUGUGCUACCUGCUGUUUAUCUAUGUACUAACAAAAUUUCUCCGGACCAUGAAAAUAUGGAACUAAACAUUGGCGGCAGUCUAGUUAUAUCUGCUAUGGAGGAGUCGCUAGGAACGAGCAAAUCUAAAAUACACGAGAUGUACAAAACUUACGGUGACCUUGGUGAUGUUGCCCAAGAAUGCCGUCAGAAUCAAACACUACUUGCUCCUCCUCGUCCACUCUCAGUUCGGGAUGUAUAUUCUACACUACGAAAGCUAAGUGCAAUAUCAGGUGGUGGGAGUGCUGGGAGGAGAAAAAUUCUUGUGUUGCAUCUUAUUCGGUCUUGCAGAGAAAUGGAAAUGAAAUUUCUUGUUAGAACGCCGGUCCGUAACUUGCGUAUUGGCGCUAUGAUGAAGACAAUCUUACCCGCUCUUGCACAUGCCGUUGUUCUUCAUGAAAAAUGUUCAACAGGUCCUGUGGUAUCCUUGGAGGAUGUAAAAUCACAAUUGCAGAGCCUUUCAACUGAAAUUACUGAGGCAUACAAUGUCAUUCCUAAUAUGGAUUUGCUCGUUCCCUCUCUUCUUUGUGAAGGCGCUACAUUUGCAGCUUCGUCCUUAGCAAUGGUACCUGGCACACCUAUACCACCUAUGCUUGCAAGAAUUACUAAUGGGGUCACUCAAGCACUGAAGUUGUUUCAUGGUAGAGCAUUUACUUGCGAGUACAAGUAUGAUGGUCAGCGCGCCCAGAUUCACAGAUUAACUGAUGGAUCUGUGCAAAUAUUUUCAAGGCAAAUGAAAGAUUCGACUUCCCAAUUUCCCGAUUUAGUUAAGAUGAUCAAAGAGCUUUGCAACUCAGAGGUGGCCAGCUUUAUACUGGAUGCUGAAGUUGUGGGAAUCGAUAGGAAUAAAGGAAACAGGCUGAUGUCAUUCCAAGAAUUAUCUUCAAGAGAAAGAGGGAGCAAGAACUCCUCAAUUGCAAUUCAGAACAUAAAGGUUGACAUCUGUGUGUUUGUUUUUGAUAUUAUGUUCUGCAACGGACAAAGGCUAUUGGAUAACCCACUUCGUCAAAGGAGAAGCUACAUCCAUGACCUUUUCCAGGAGAAGCCAGGAUACUUGGAGCUAGCUCAGCAGUUAAUUGUUGAAGAAGAUGAAGCAUCGAUAGAUAAUUCUAGCACUUUACACAGAAUGAGCAGCUUUUUUGAAAAAGCAUGCCAGUCUUCUUGUGAGGGUAUAAUGUUGAAGACUCUUGAUAUUGAUGCUGGAUACUCUGCUUCCAAGCGCUGUGAUUCAUGGUUAAAGGUGAAGCGUGACUAUGUGGAAGGCCUAGGUGAUAGCCUUGACUUAGUUCCAAUCGGUGCAUGGUAUGGAAAUGGACGGAAAGCUGGAUGGUACAGCCCUUUUCUGAUGGCAUGCUACAACCCUGAAUCUGAAGAAUUUCAAAGUGUCUGUCGUGUUAUGUCUGGUUUCUCAGAUGAUUUCUAUAAGGAGAUGAAGGAGUUUUAUUCUGGUGAAAAGAUACUGCCCAAGAAACCCGUGUACUACAAAACAGAUGAGCAGCCGGAGUUGUGGUUCACUGCUGAACAAGUUUGGGAGAUCCGAGGUGCAGAUCUCACACUAUCCCCUGUCCAUCACGCGGCCAUCGGUGUCGUGCAUCCAUCGCGUGGGAUCUCAGUGAGGAUGCCGAGGCACAUACGGUGCGUUCCGGAUAGGAGCCCAGAGGAUUGCAGCACGGCCACCGACGUUGCUAGCAUGUUCAGAGCCCAAACCAGGAAGAUGGAGGUCAGCAGCGAUGGCCCGGGUGCAGGUCACCAGUGA